AUGAGAAUAAGUAUCUUGAACAGACUCACCGCCCUCAGAAGUCAUGCCGUUAGCUUGAUAUGUGCGAGAUCAAUAUCAUACGAUAGAUACUCGAAUCGAUAUGAGACUGCUAGUGAGAUAUUCCAAAUUCCCUUUACAAAAACAUUACGACAAACUCCCAUCGCAAUGAUGCAUCUUGUAGAUCGACAUGGCAUGGUGUUCAUGCAAGCGUAG